CCCAUGAUGCAACAGGCGCACACCACAACAAACGAGAGCGAGGCGGCAGCUGCGGAGCAGCGCCGGAGCGCAUAAAGAGACGCGGCACAGCGAGUCACUGAACUCGUCUUUUAUGGAGUUUUCACUCCAGAGCAAGUGAGAGCGGCUGGUGCGUGAACCGACCCGAGAUGACAAAGAACAAAGAAGUGGAGCGCAUCGCCAAAAAGCUGGACAAAAUGGUGCAGAGGAAGAAGACGGAGGGAGCUCUGGACAUGCUGAAGGAGUUGAAGAACAUCAACAUGUCUCUGGAGACUCUGCAGUCCACCAGAGUUGGGAUGUCUGUCAAUGCUCUGAGGAAGCAGAGCUCCGACGAGGAAAUUCAGACCCUUGCAAAGUUCCUCAUCAAGUCCUGGAAGAAGCUACUGGAUGGUUCUGAGGGGAAGUCCGAUGAAAAGGAGUCCAAAAAGGAAGUUGACUCUCCUGUGAAGCCUUCAUCAACCUCCAAGGACCCGUGCUCCGCUGAGAAAAGCAGCAAGAAAGCGGACGAGCCGCCCAACUCCCCCACCAAGCCCACCUCUGCCGUCACCUGCUUCCCUCCCACAGCCAUCACCUCUGACAACGUCCGGAACAAGUGUCGAGAGCUGCUGGUGGCCGCGCUGCAGACGGACGGAGACUACAAGACCAUCGGCGUCAGCUGUGAGCACCUCGCUGCAGAAAUAGAGGAUCAAAUCUACAACGAGUUCAAGUCCACCGACAUGAAAUACAAAACCCGCCUGCGGAGCCGCAUCUCCAACCUGAAGGAUCAGAAGAACCCGGACCUGCGGCGGAACGUCCUGUGUGGCAACAUCUCGGCGCAGCGCAUCGCCUCCAUGAGUGCCGAGGAGAUGGCCAGCGCCGAGCUGAAGCAGAUCCGCGAGGCUCUGACCAAAGAGUCCAUCAGGGAGCAUCAGCUGUCCAAGGUGGGAGGCACCGAGACGGACAUGUUCGUCUGCGGCAAAUGUCACGGCAAGAACUGCUCCUACACACAGGUGCAAACUCGCAGCGCGGAUGAGCCCAUGACCACCUUCGUCGUGUGCAACGGCUGUGGCGACCGCUGGAAGUUCUGUUGAAGAGCGCUGCUGUUUUAUGACCCCGCCACGAUGCUGCCAGUGAAGUUGAACACAACUUUGUUUUGUUUCCUUUUCUUUUAUAUUUAAAAGCUGUAAUAUAGUUCAAAGCAAAAAAUGUUUUUUUUCCUCUUUGUAUGAAGCAGAAGGCGAUUUUGUUGUCGUAAGAAAAGAAAAAAAAUUUAAAAAGUGCUUUAUACCAGUGUGAGACACAGUUGUGGAAAAGGUGGGUUUCUUUGCCCCGAUUCGCUGCCACAUGUUUUGCCCUCGACAUUUGUAUUAAAUUUGCUCUUGGA